AUGGAUGCCUAUAUACGAUACGAGAAGUAUAGGUCACAGCCAUCGUUGAAUGAUCUUGAGGACAUGUUCCAAGCUAUUGCGCCAUUGUACAAGGAUGGAGUUUACGUUAUCGUUGAUGCCCUGGACGAGUGUCAAGUGAGCAACAGUAUUCGUUCCAAAUUUAUCAAAACAUUGCUACGUCUUCAAUCUAGGGAAAUUAAUCUCAACAUCCUGGCCACAUCCCGCUCCCUACCUGAUAUUGAGCAAGCUUUCUAUGGGCACUCUCGCCUCAAGAUCAUAGCCCAAAGGGAAGAUAUUGAGCGAUACCUGCGCAAUCGCAUGUCCGAUUUGUGCUCUGCCGCAAAGCGCUCGGAGCUCCAGAAUGAAGUUAUUAUUCGCAUUGCUGAUGCUGCAGAUGGCAUGUAUGUCACUCUUCCAUAG